AUGUCUUCCGGUGGAGAGAAGGCUAACCCUGCCUCCCAGCCUGACGGCAAGGCCGCUCAGAGCACCAAGUCUGACUUGGGCAUGGGCUCCUACAAGAUGUGUGUGUACGAGCGGGAGAACUUCCAGGGCCGUAUGAUCGAGAUCACCAAUGAGUGUAUGAAUGUGUGUGAAAUGGGCAUGGACAAAGUGCGCUCGCUGCGCGUGGACUGUGGCCCUUUCGUUGGUUUUGAGCAGAUGAAUUUCUGUGGUGAGAUGUACAUCCUGGAGAAAGGCGAGUACCCUCGCUGGGACUGCUGGAGCAACUGCCAGAGGAACGACUACCUGCUCUCCUUCAGGCCUGUCCGCAUGGACCCAGAGAAGCAUAAGAUCUGUCUGUAUGAGGUUGGCGAGUAUAAGGGCCGUAAGAUGGAGAUCAUUGAUGACGACGUGCCCAGCCUGUACGCCUACGGCUUCACUGACCGAGUUGGCAGUAUCAUGGUCAGCUGUGGCACCUGGGUGGGCUAUCAGUACCCCGGUUACCGUGGCAGCCAGUACCUGCUGGAGAAGGGCGACUACAGACACUUUAAUGAGUAUGGCGCCCGCUGCCCCCAGAUGCAGUCGGUGAGGCGCAUCCGCGACAUGCAGUGGCACCAGGAGGGCUGCUACACCAUGGCCAGCAAGUGAGGGCUCGGGAGGACGAGAAAGAGAGGGAGC